AUGGGGAAAGAUAAGGCAUCGGGACCGGAUGGACUCCCCCCAAGCUUUUACUCGCAUCAUUGGAAUACCGUUAGUGAGGACGUUUUUGAAAUAAUUACCCACUUUUUCACUCAUUUGGAGCUGCCAGGCUUCAUCAAUGAUACCUCCCUUGUAUUAAUCCCAAAGAAUGAAGCUCCUUUAUCAACCAAAGACUACCGUCCGAUUGCACUCUGCAAUGUCUCCUACAAAAUCAUCUCGAAAAUCAUUGCUUCGAGACUACGUGGGAUACUCCCAAGAAUUAUUUCCCCGAACCAAGCGACUUUCAUCAGAGGCAGAAGCAUUGCUGAGAACUCGAUGAUUGCAAGAGAGAUAGUCCAUUCUAUGAAAAAGAGGAAAAAUAAUAGAGGCUUUAUGAUGAUCAAGCUUGACUUAGAGAAAGCCUAUGACAAAAUGGACUGGGACUUCAUCCUGCUAAUUCUUUCGAAUAUGGGGUUUACUAAUCCCUUCCUGGGAUGGAUCCGUGCCUGUAUUUCUGUGCAAGAAAUCAAGCUCCUCCUAAAUGGUUCCAUAGCGGGUAAGAUCAAGCCCCGAGGCCUUCGACAAGGAGAUCCUCUCUCCCCGUCUCUGUUUAUACUUGCGGCUGAAACGCUUUCCCGCCUUCUUUUGGAUAAGGAAAAAAGAGGCCAGAUUAAAGGGAUCAAGGUGGGUAGACACGGCCCGACUAUCGAUCACCUUAUGUUCGCUGAUGACAUCAUGCUCUUUGGGCAAGCCUCUACGAAGGAAGCUAAAGCCUUCAAGGAAUGCUUGGCCACUUACUGUGAGUGGUCAGGACAGUCAAUUAACCUCCAUAAAUCUUCAGUCUUCUUCUCUUGUGGAGUGCCCCGAGGGCGAAUCCAAACAAUCAAGGAAAUCCUAAGAAUGAAGCAAAUGACUGAAAAGGUGACCUACUUAAGACUGCCGCUCUUCAAUACUUCAAGAAGAACGAGUAACUACAACAACUUGGUGGACCGGGUUUUGUUGCGUAUCAAGGAUGUUAUUCCCACCACCACUGCCAACAAAAUUGAUAAAGCCCUUAGAGACUUCUGGUGGGGUGAUACAGAAGAAAAGCGAGUGCUACAUUGUGUUGCUUGGGAGACCCUUUGCAAACCAAAAACCCAUGGGAGUCUUGGAUUUAGAACUACGGAGGCAACCAACCAAGCUUUUCUCAUGAAAUGGGCUUGGAAAGUGUUGACGGAUGACUCAAGCCUUUGGAAGCAUGUCUUAGGUGCUAAAUAUCUCAAGAAUCACAACUUCCUUGACCUUGACCCUCAAGCUUCCGACUCUGUGCUUUGGAAGGCAAUUCUCAAAGCCCGGAAUCAACUUCACAAAGGUAUGUGCCGGAAAAUUGGAAACAGUGAAUCAACAUCCAUUUGGUUUCACCCUUGGAUUCCCUUAGGCAAUCUCCAACCUCAACCGAGGCUUGAUGCAACUCAGGGCGUCAGUUUAGUGUGCAACUUUAUACACAACUUCACCUGGAGGGAGGACCUUGUCCACCAAUGGUUCCAGCCAGAAGACGCCAGAAGAAUUUUGAAUAUCACCAAACCAAACCACCCAGUGGAAGACUCUUGGUUGUGGACUCCUGAAAGUAAUGGCAAAUUCACUAUCCGCUCAGCCUACCGAACCAUAAAAAACCUUGAUCAAGGAAUCACUAGUAAUGAAAAAUGGUGGAUUUUAUGGGGAACUAAGAUGCACUCGAGACUUAAAAUGCUUUGGUGGAGAAUACUCUCCAAUUGCCUAUUAACUCGAGGUAAACUACAACUCUUUGCUGGCCUUAAUGAUCCCAAUUGUCCUCUAUGUUCUUUGGUAGUUGAAGACUCGUUGCACAUCUUUUGGAAAUGUCAUCUGGCUCGUUCCUUGUGGUUUGACUGCUGUUGGAGUAUUAGGACUUGCUCCUUCAACUUCUCCAAUUGGGAGGAAUGGAUAAACUGGUUCAAAAUCACCGAUAACAGACCAAAAGAUACCAGCCUUCAUGCAUUCCUUAAGGGGGCUGCAAUAAUUUUCGAAAAGAUUUGGAGCGAAAGAAACAAGGUGGUUCACCAACAACAAUGCACGCCCACAAAGAUAAUCCUCCAGCUGAUCGAUAAUCGGCUUCAGAAGGCUUUUCAGACCCUUCAAUGUGGCCCAGCUCCGAUGAUGCAGUGGCUGCCUCCUCCUGAGGGCUGGUUCAUAUGCAACACCGAUGUAGCGAUCGACCAAGCUUAA